GUUGGGAGGACAAAACGCGGGGAUUGAAGAAUUACUUGGAGCUCGACACAUGAUUUCUUAUCUUGCCGUAUUGAGAGGUCCGGUUUGGUUGGCAUUCAUAGGCACGAACGACGAAGCACAAUUCGACUAUCGGACAUCGCAGGUCCCAUCAUUUAACCCUAUUGGUUAAUAUAUCGAUUAUUAUCACGAGGAUGGGGCACAAAUCCAAGUUCACGUUUCCCAUGCCGGGACGCUCCUCGAAGCAACCACCUACCGUAACGGUCUCGAAUCCACUCUCGAAAGCGGAUAAAAUCUUGGGAACUGGUGGGAUGAGUCUUGGCUCACCUACUGCUCCUAGGGAUGGUGGUCGAUCAUGGGAAACGGGCUCGACCGGCGGCAUUAGUAUAUCGAUAUCUGAGAGUAGCGCGAGUCAAUCCAGCGUAUUAGAGGGGGAUGAAGAUGGAUUCGCCGGAACAACUUAUGGGAGGGCCUUAUGGGAAGAGGAAUCGGAGGCUCUGCCGCGACGGUUGCGUAGUGCGAAUGGGCCUUCUAGUAAGAAGGGUUUGAAGACAAAGAGGUCGGCGGUUACCCUUGGUACCCGCAGUCGGGACAAUAUGACGGAUGAAUCGCUUUCUCGCCGGCCUCAAUCUAGUUCCACCGUCUAUUCGCAUUAUGAGUCAACCAAAGUACCACUCUCUAUAUCUCAGCAGACCUCCAAUUCGGCAAUGGCAAAAGGACUACCGUCUAAAGCUAGCACGUUACUGGACAUAGAUGGAGCACUUUAUGGUCCCGUGCAGCAGCAAAAGAAGAAGCCUUCCAAGUUAGAUUUUUCGAAGCUAAGGCUGAGGUCUCGCAAGGAUCAUCACGCUUCUGAUUCUAACAAAGUUGGGCCUGUUUUAGGAAACAAUUAUGUGAUGAGGUCGCCGUCGGUUAUGUCGCAUAUGUCACAUACCUUGGCCUCGCCUACGAGUCCCGAACAAACUCCAAGACCGAGACCGGAUAUGAAACUCCAACCUCAACCACCCCCCAGAAUAAGUGGAAGGCCAGGUCGCUUAAAAGGGACACAUGAUGCGAAUACGCUACACCAACUUUACGACCAUUAUGAACAAAUGUCUUUUCGUCAUGGUACAGAUUUGGUAGAGGAAGAUGAAGAAGAUUGUGAUGACGUGAUACGGAAGAGGGAAUUGUUGGAGCAGCCACAAUUACUGCCUCGGACUUAUGAACCCGCUGCUUCCGACAUGUCUCGUGAGGACAUGAUUACACCUUUGCCGAAUUCUAUUCAUAGAGAUCUAAACUCUCGGUGGAAUCAUAGCCGAAAUACUUCACAAGCGAGCAAAGUUACAGCGACAAGAACAGGGACACCAAAUACUCUACAGAUACGUCCGACAUCAAGAAGCGAUUAUCCAGCGAGUGUAUCGAGUCGACAUACGCGGACUUCAAAAGCUACACCGUCCAUAAUGAGUACUCUAGAUUCUGACCGACAGCAGCAAAGUGUGUUGUCUCUUACGGACUCCGACUCCGACGAAGAAGGGACCACAUACUCGAGACCAGGUUCAUCUUUGCCGUCGUACGAAAAUAGUUUUCGCGAUGAUCUUAGCGUGUCGUCCAGCCAAAGGCAACCCGAAUUAUCGUCACGAUUAUCUAUUAGUAGUCAUUCUACCAGCGUCAAGGGCGCAUCGUACGCGCAACUCAAUGACUACCUCACCAUUCCUCAUGCCUCUCCAAAAGCGAAAACUAGCCGAUCACCAUCAUCCGGUACUCUCCAAUCAACUAGUUCUUCUAUAAGUACUGCGACUCGAAUUUCGAUACCUUGUCAACAAGAUCUUCGUGGGUCGGUUUCUACUACGGGUUCGGUAUUAUCUCCCGCUUAUAGUAAUCGCACAAGCUACGGUGUGCAGGAGGCGAGGGCUGUCGCUUUAACGCCUUUUGCUUCUACAGCCGCAGCUGCAUCUGCAACGUCAGUCGACCGAAUGCUACAAAAUAUGAACCAUAUACCCCCACAACAAAUACGACAGCGCGCAUCGCAAACUUCUCAUACGUCAGAUCAACCGACACCACCAUUAUCGCCUAGCAGCGUGGAAUUUUAUAAGAAGUCUCCAGAACCAACACGGCAAGAGCCGCCGCCGCCAUGCAAAUCCAGCGAGUCUCACAAUGCGCGAUUGAUGGCUGUGACGAAGCAAGAAGAAAUGCUUCUGGCUGCUUUGCGUAAGAAGCGGGCUAGAAUGCGGGAGAAUAUUCUCGCCGAGAUUGAAGAGGACAGGGGUAGUCGAGAGAGUGAUGCCAUUGCCGAAGAUCUAGAGAAGCUAGCGUCAGCAAAUUUGAAGGACGCAGAAAGACAGGCGGCCAAGGAGGUGAAGGAGGCCAGAGAAGCGUACGCUAGGUCUAAGCAGCAAAAUCAACCAAAUCAUUACCCGAGGAGAUCAUCUUCCCUUGCAGGACGAAACCAGAGAUCCGUAAGCGGACACAGUCGAACACGCGAUCGUUCGAACGGGCCGCGCGGUAUGGAUGGUCCCCCUCAGACGAGUCAUAGUGAACCGACCGAGAAAGCCCAUCACAAGACGAGAAUUUCCUCCGAACACGAGUCCCGACGAACCGGUAAAACCCGCCACGAACGGGUGCUGCUUUACCUAGACCGACCGAUUGAUAGUAUCGACGUGAUCGACCAGGCAGAGCCAAGCCCCGACCUGAGCGAGUUCAUGGAGGACGAUCUAGAUUUCCCAAUGCACGGCCGUCAAAGUCGCACUCGAUCUAAGCUCGGUGGUUCCCAACCCACUUUCUAUAAUCGGGAAUCAACCGGGCGACCGCGCCCCGACUCGAGCCCUAUCAGCCCGAAGAGCAGUCCUGUGAAGAUCAUGCCUAAUAUCGAACCCGAGGUUAACGAGGACAUUGACGCUGACGACUUCGACUUCGAUGCCUUCCCCGAACCUGCGAACAGCAGACGCAAAUUACCUGCUCUGAAGCCGGUUCCAGAGGUGGAGGUUCCUAGGCCAGAUAGCCCUAUUUCUCCAGCGGACGGAUUCUUGGCGCCGUCUACUCUCGGUCAUAAGAAGGGGAAGAAGAGCAAUGUGAGACUGAGCGCGGUGGGACAAAUUAGCUCACCAGUGCCUUGGUGGGGUGAUGAUGAUUGAUCUAUUGCCAGUUAUCGAUCACCUACUUGCUGUCAAGGGUCAAUCCGAUUACUGAUACUCACCUCUUCAUGGUUUGGCGAGCUGCUCAGAAGUAGAAUCCACAUUUUUACUAUGUUUUCAAGAUACAUGCAUGCAUACUCCGUUAUUUAGCGAUUGAUUUUUCAUGAUUUCCCGACCAGCGAGUCCAAAUAGGAGUCAAUACAGGGUCGAAUAUUUAUAAACCGGGAGUUCAGCAUCACUGCUUACGACUUAAUUACAUCUACCUAC